AUGACUUCGCAUCCUCAGUUUCCAGCACCCUUCGGGGCUGCUGCAACUUCGACCAGAGCUAUAUCAGAUCUCCAUCCAAACUCCCAUCUGUCUGGAACGCCAGGGGAAGGGCGCAAUGAUGGACUUGAUGGAGCACUCGCGGGGACGACAGCAACUUAUGACGACAUUGGGGAGUGCGAAGAGAAGCAAAUCACAUCUCUCGCACGACAGAUGUCCCAGAUAUCGCGCCAAACCAGUGGUAAUCACGCACUGGACUCUCGAAACCCGUUCCUCGAGUGUGAUAAAGACCCCGAGCUGAAUCCUAACUCGGGCGACUUCAACCCUCGCAAAUGGCUCAAAUCUACCUUGCAGAUUACUUCACGCGACCCAGAACGCUAUCCUCGUCGUACGGCUGGGUUGUCGUUUAGGGAUCUCAGCGUCUACGGAUAUGGAACAGCUGCUGACUACCAGAUGGAUGUCGCUAAUAUGUGGCUCAAGGCCGCAGAAUGGGUCAAAGGAGUACUAGGCCAUCGGAAGGCAGUACGUAUUGAUAUUCUGCGGAGCUUUGAAGGCCUUGUCAAGAGUGGUGAGAUGUUGGUCGUACUGGGAAGACCUGGAAGUGGCUGUUCGACUUUUCUCAAAACAAUCGCUGGAGAGACGCAUGGCUUCUACAUAGAUCAUGGAGCGGAUAUUCAAUACCAGGGAAUAUCCUGGGAUGACAUGCAUAGUCAGUUCCGCGGAGAGGUCCUUUAUCAGGCAGAGACAGAAAUCCACUUUCCGCAGUUGACGGCUGGCGAGACGCUACUAUUUGCUGCUCAUGCGCGUGCUCCAAAGAACCGCUUCCCUGGGGUCAGUCGUGAUCAAUAUGCACAGCACAUGCGGGACGUCGUUAUGGCCACGUUUGGCCUCACCCAUACCAUCAAUACUCGUAUUGGGAACGAAUAUAUCAGGGGUGUUUCUGGAGGUGAACGUAAGAGAGUCAGCAUAGCAGAGGUGACGCUAUGUGGAAGCCCUCUGCAGUGUUGGGAUAACAGCACGCGCGGCCUCGAUAGUUCAACUGCCUUGGAAUUUGUCAAGACUGUUCGUCUUUCCACCCAGUAUACUGGAUCAGCUGCUAUUGUGGCCAUCUACCAGGCUGGACAAGCCAUAUACGACGUCUUCGAUAAGGUGACAGUACUAUAUGAAGGACGUCAAAUAUUCUUUGGAAAAGCUGCUGAUGCCAAGCAUUUCUUUGUGGACAUGGGCUUCCAUUGCCCGGAUAGGCAAACAACUGCUGACUUUCUGACCUCCCUGACGAACCCCGAGGAGAGGCAGAUCCGCCCAGGAUUUGAGGCUCGUGUUCCUCAUACCCCUGACGAGUUCGCGGCUCGAUGGAAGGAAAGCCCUGAACGCCAAUCGUUGUUAUCAGAGAUUGAAGCAUACGAAGCUGAAUACCCUCUAGGAGGCGAAAAGCUCAAGGAGUUCGCCAUCUCACGCGCCGCAGAGAAGGCCAAAGGUACACCGGCCAAAUCGCCAUAUACGCUGUCCUAUCUGAUGCAGAUUCGUCUUUGCAUAUGGAGAGGCUUUCGACGUCUGAAGGGAGAUACAAGCAUGACAAUGGCAACUGUCAUCGGCAAUCUUGUGAUGGCUUUGAUCGUCUCCAGUGUAUUUUUCAAUUUACAAGACAACACUGGCAGUUUCUUCGCUCGUGGCGCUCUGCUGUUCUUCGCGAUAUUGUUAAAUGCAUUUGCCAGCGCGCUGGAGAUCCUAACCCUCUGGCAACAACGUCCCAUAGUCGAGAAGCAUAACAAGUAUGCGCUAUAUCACCCAUCUGCGGAAGCGAUUAGUUCUAUGAUCGUUGAUCUUCCUUCGAAGUUUCUGGUGGCCAUUGUUUUCAACCUGAUCUUGUACUUUAUGACCCAUCUUCGGCGCACCCCAGGUCAUUUCUUUGUCUUCUUCUUGUUCUCUGUCUCAACGACUCUGACGAUGUCUAAUAUUUUCCGCUGGAUCGGUGCAAUAUCCCGUACUAUGGCUCAAGCUAUGACGCCGUCUUCGAUUUUCAUGUUGGCUCUCUGCAUCUAUACGGGCUUCACGAUACCUAUUCGAGACAUGCACCCUUGGUUCCGCUGGAUCAACUACCUUAACCCAAUUGCCUAUGCUUUUGAAUCCCUCAUGGUGAACGAAUUUAGCGACAGACGCUUUCCAUGUUCUCAAUAUAUCCCAUCAGGUCCAGGGUAUGAGCAUGUUAGUGGAAGCUCCGUCAUUUGCUCCGAAAAAGGUGCGAUAGCAGGGGAGAACUUUGUAGAUGGAGACGCCUAUAUCAAUACAACGUUUCAAUACUAUAAAUCACACCUCUGGCGCAAUUUCGGCAUUUUGGUCUGUUUCUUCAUUGCAUUUCUAUUCGCAUAUAUCGUCUCCAGCGAAUAUGUGAGUGCGAAACCAUCCAAAGGGGAAAUUCUCGUCUUUCCGCGCGGGAAGAUACCUGCGUUCAUGAAGAAGGUUCACCGCGACGAUGACGCCGAGGAUGGGUACAUUCGCGAAAAGGGCGGAAUUGGUCAAGGUGGCCAAGAUCAGACGGCGGCGAUUGUGAGACAGACGGCAGUGUUUCAUUGGCAAGAUGUGUGCUAUGAUAUCAAGAUCAAGGGCCAGCCUCGUCGUAUCUUGAAUCAUAUUGAUGGAUGGGUGAGACCUGGUACCCUAACGGCUUUGAUGGGCGUUACCGGCGCAGGAAAGACUACGUUAUUAGACGUUCUGGCAAAUCGAGUUACCAUGGGCGUGAUCAGCGGUGAAAUGCUCGUUGAUGGACGACCGCGAGAUGAUUCCUUUCAGCGCAAAACAGGAUAUGUACAGCAACAAGACCUCCAUCUCGAGACCUCUACAGUUCGAGAAGCUAUUGUGUUUAGCGCACUGCUCCGCCAGCCUGCUAGCGUUCCACGUAAAGAGAAGGAGGCCUACGCAGAGGAAGUGAUCAAAAUGCUUGGUAUGGAAGAAUAUGCAGAGGCUAUCGUUGGCGUGCUUGGCGAAGGGCUUAACGUCGAGCAACGCAAGCGUUUGACUAUAGGUGUAGAGAUCGCAGCUAAGCCUGAUCUUCUGCUCUUCUUUGAUGAGCCGACAUCCGGCCUGGAUAGCCAAACAGCCUGGUCAAUAUGUACGUUGAUGCGCAAACUAGCCGAUCAUGGACAAGCGAUUCUUUGCACAAUUCAUCAGCCAUCGGCGAUGUUGAUGCAGACAUUCGACAGACUCCUGUUUCUGGCAGAAGGAGGCAAGACAGUGUACUUUGGGGAGCUCGGCGAGAACAUGGAAACGCUUAUCCAGUACUUUGAAAAGAAAGGGGCGCCAAAAUGUCCGCCUAAUGCCAAUCCUGCGGAAUGGAUGCUGGAAGUCAUAGGAGCGGCUCCCGGAUCUCACACUGAUAAGAACUGGCCUGAGGUGUGGAAUGAAAGCAGCGAACGUACUCAGAUCCGGCAGGAGCUUUUCCAAAUGAAGGUGGAAUUGUCUCAGAAACCCGAAGUUCCAAGAGCUGCUGGAUAUGGAGAAUUCGCGAUGCCCCUCUGGUACCAGUUCCUAGUAUGUCUGCGACGCAUGUUCCAACAAUAUUGGCGCAGUCCUGGAUAUAUCUAUGCCAAGGCCACCAUGUGUAUCGUUCCGCCGCUCUUCAUUGGGUUUACAUUCUGGAGGGAGCAGAACAGUCUGCAAGGGCUGCAGAACGAGAUGUUCGCCAUAUUCAUGCUCCUGGUCGUCUUCCCAAGUCUGAUUCAGCAAAUGAUGCCGUUUUUCGUGACCCAAAGAGCGCUAUACGAAGUGCGCGAACGCCCAUGCAAAGCUUAUUCCUGGAAAGCGUUCAUGUUAGCCAGUAUCACAGUGGAGUUGCCAUGGAAUAUGUUCAUGGCUGUACCUAUGUUCUUUUGCUGGUAUUACCCUAUAGGACUCUUCCGCAAUGCCUAUCCGACCCAUACAGUACCAUCACGGAGCGGCACGAUGUUCUUGCUGGUUCUUGUGUUGAUGAUUUUCACGUCCACAUUUUGCUCCAUGGUCAUCGCAGGGAUAGAACAGGCCGAAACAGGCGGUAACGUAGCGCAGUUGAUGUUCUCACUGUGUCUGGUCUUCUGCGGUGUCCUUGUUCCUAAAGCCUCGCUUCCAGGCUUCUGGAUCUUCAUGUAUCGUGUCUCUCCCUUCAAUUAUCUAGUAUCGGCAGUUUUGUCCACAGGCGUUGCAAGAGCCGACAUCACCUGCUCCAGCAUCGAGUUAUUGCAUCUUAGCCCGCCGUCCGGGAUGAACUGCUCUGCUUUCCUAGAUCCCUAUAUCAGGUUUGCCGGCGGUCGAGUGCUCAACCCUGCUGCGACGUCUGAUUGUGAAUUUUGCUCAAUGGCGACCACGGAUCAGUUCCUCAGUACCAUCAGCAUUUACUUUUCCGAGCGGUGGCGUAAUAUCGGCAUUCUAUUCGGAUACGCUGGUUUCAACAUCAUUGCAGCGGUGUUCCUGUACUGGUUGAUCCGCGUUCCUAAGAAGAGGAGUCGAAAGAUGAAGCAGGCGUGA